GCUCUGUCAACCGUCGACUCCCAAAUAGUCCAGCGCUGAUAUACGUGACAGCAGUCGUACAAGUGUACCAAUCGGAUGAAAACCCCCCACUCAUGAGCAGCAUGGUCUAGUGGGGGUUUGGACAACAACGCCCUACCAAACAUUCCUCCAGCUUGGGUUUGGUCAGUGCGAUGUUUCUCCUACCUGCAGGUUGCAGACUUCUUCCCUACCUUUGUGCGUGGGCGAGACCUGGUUCGCCACGACAAACCCCUACUCACCGUUCACCGAUCCUGGAAUAGCCUCAUUUCCGCAUGCACACACCUUACCUAGCUCCUUCUCACAAGCAUUAGUCGAGCUCCUACCCAAACAAACCUCCCUUUUAUCAAUCCUUCACAGGAUCACAGGACAUCUUCACGCCAAGCCCGACGGCGACAGAGCUGCUCAACAGAAAUGCUCCCAUGAUCAAAAAGGGUCAACGGAGGUUGGAAGUGGCGAAAGCUCGUCUAUAAAAGCCACAAGGUAUCCUCCAACAUUUCAGCCUGAAUUUUCUUCACCACCACCACCACCCCAACUCACCUUCAUAUCGUUACUCAAUCUCAACAAAAAGUUCUGAACACCUCAGUUCUUUCUUCACCACCAAAAUGAAGUUCACCAUCACCGCCGCCGCCCUCAGCCUCCUCGGCCUCGCCUCCGCCGCUCCCGCCGAGGUAGUUGCCAAGCAGGCCCACGGCGCAACCAGUGCUCAAGUCACCAACUUUUCCGUCACCUGCGGUUCCUCCUCCUGCUCCUACACCGCCCGCGCGGUGAUCCUCCCCGAGAACGUGGCCGUCACCUUCACCCACACCACCACCGGCUCCACCAUCCCGACCAGCACCGGCUUCUUCACCAGCAGCGACCCCGCUGUCUUCUUCCGCAUCAACAAGGCGCUCAGCGACUACCGCUUUGUAUUGAGCGACAUUCAUGUUGUUGGUUCGGCUGUCAACUUGGAUUAUUUCAGCCCUGGGUCGCAGUGGACUGCUAGUUCCUACAGCGGGCCUUCUUCUUUUACUCUUUCUUAAGCAGGGUGGUGGGUGUGUUUUGGGCGGGUCUGUGGAGGAGGGGGUGUGUGAAUGCAAAGAGGUGAAGGGUUCA